GGGAGGACAGCCAAGAGUCUGUUGUUGGUGACAAAAGGUGAAGCAUCAAUAAAGAAAUAUAGGCCAGAUUGGAGAAGGACUGGACUGCUGGACAACACCAGAAGCUGGACAGAUGGAGGAAUGAGAAUGAUUGACAGUGCAACAGCUGACCAAGACAGUUUAAAGUAUCCUUUGGCCAGGGAUCGGGGCAGUUCUGCCUCUUACGGAUUGCAUUCUGCCAGUUCCGCCAGUGUGUCUCGGUAUAGACACGAUGAUAUUCGAAUCCUCACUGGGUUUCAGAAUGAAGAAGGGGGCAGAUAUGAUAUCAAUGGAGGACUUGGUGAAAAUGCUUAUGGUCGGAAGUCGCUGGGGCAAGAGCUGAGGGUCAACAAUGUGACCACGGAUGUAAGCAGUAUUCAGCAUGGGAGUCGUGCUUUAGCCACAAAGGAGAUGAGGAAAUCACAGGAGCGAUCUUUGUCUUAUUCUGAUGAGUCUCGACUGUCCAAUCUUCUGCGGAGGAUUUCCCGUGAAGAUGACAGGGAGCGUCGGCUGGCUACAAUAAAGCAAUUGAAAGAGUUUAUUCAGCAGCCAGAAAACAAAGUGGUUCUAAUUAAGCAAUUAGACAAUGCUCUGACUGCAAUACAGGAUGUGCUUAAUGAGAGUAGUAAACUACUUCAUGAACUACGACAGGAAGGAGCUUGCUGCCUUGGCUUGCUGUGUGUAUCUCUGAGUUACGAGGCUGAGAAAAUCUUUAAAUGGAUUUUUAGUAAGUUUAAUUCUUCCACCAAAGAUGAGGUAAAACUUCUGUACUUGUGUGCCACCUACAAAGCAUUGGAAACUGCAGGAGAAAAGAAGGCAUUUUCAUCUGUAAUGCAGCUGGUGAUGGUUAGCCUGCAGACUGUUUUGGAAAAUGUGGACACUCCAGAGCUGCUGUGCCAGUGUGUGAAGUGCAUUUUAUUGGUGGCUCGUUGUUAUCCCCAUAUAUUUAGUACCAACUUUAGGGACACUGUAGAUAUACUUGUUGGAUGGCAUAUUGAUCACACUCAGAAACAAUCGCUUACGCAACAAGUGUCAGGUUGGCUGCAGUGUUUGGAACAGUUCUGGGUAGCAGAUCUUGGAUUUUCCACAACCCUUCUGGGGCAGUUUUUGGAAGACAUGGAAGCUUAUGCUGAGGAUCUUAGUCACGUGGCCUCUGGGGAAGCAGUUGAUGAGGACAUUCCACCUCCUUCAGUCUCGUUACCGAAGUUAGCAGCACUUCUGAGGGUGUUCAGCACUGUCGUGAGAAGCAUUGGAGAACGUUUCAGUCCAAUUAGAGGCCCUCCAAUCACUGAGGCUUACGUGACAGAUGUCCUCCUGAGGGUUGUGAACUGUGUGACCACGGCAAAACAAGUUUUCUUUUCUGAGGCAGUAUUGACCGCUGCAAAUGAAUGUGUGUGUGUUCUGUUGGGUAGCAUGGAUUCGGAUGUAGCCAAACAUUGUGAGAUUACCAUUACUUAUGGAUUGGAUCAGCUGGACAGUUGUCAGAUGUUUGGUGCUGAGUACAUCAUCUCUGUCUUAAACUUGUUAACACUGAUUGUGGAACAAAUAAAUACAAAAUUGCCAGCAUCAUUUGUUGAAAAACUGUUUUCACCACAGUCUAAGUUACUUCAGCUCCGUUUUCACAGGGAGAAAGAGGUUGUUUCAGCAGCACAAUAUGUAUAUCAAGCUGUGCUAAGCCUGAAGAAUAUUCCUGUGUUAGAGACUGCUUACAAACUUAUCUUGGGGGAAAUGACAUGUGCACUUAACAGUCUCCUUCAAGGCCUGACUCUUCCUCUCGUCUGUUCAGAGAUACAGCAUGAAGCUUUCAGGGACAGAACAUUCAAAGAGGAAAAUGCAGAGUUUGUAAUAAUAUUUGACUUAAGUGCCCUUACUACAAUUGGAAAUGCAAAAAAUUCCUUGAUUGGUAUGUGGGCUCUUUCUCCCACUGUGUUUGCCCUUCUCAGUGAUAACCUUACAAUUGUACAUGCCAAUCUUGCGGCUCAUUAUCCUGCCAUCCAGUAUGGAGUCUUGUACACUUUAUAUUCCCAUUGUACAAGGCAUGAUCAUUUCAUAUCCAGCAGUCUUAGUUCCUCAUCACCUUCUCUGUUUGAUGGCGCUGUUAUCAGUACUGUCACCAUGGCAACAAAGAAACACUUCUCCAUCAUACUGAAUCUUUUGGGAAUGUUGCUCAGUAAGGAUAUCUUAAACCACGACGCAAGGAGGUUAUUACUAACCUGGGCAUUGGAGGUUACCAUUUUAAUGAAGAAAUCAGAAACUUACGCUCCCUUGUUUGCUAUCCCAUCUUUUCACAAAUUCUGCAAAGGGCUGCUAUCAAAUGCUGUUCAUGAAGAUGCUUCGAUCUGUCUGCAAGCGUGCAGCAGCCUACAAAUUGUUUCUACUUCCUUGCCAAAUGAUCUCUUGCAAAGAUGUGUUGAUGUGUGUCGUGUACAGUUGGUUCAUUGUGGAGUUCGUGUUAGGCAGGCUUUUGGGAAGCUGCUGAAGACUAUUCCUCUGGAUGUUGCUUUAAGUAACAACAAUCACACAGAAGUACAAGGGAUCUCACUGGCUAUAAGUAGUCAUAUGACUAAAGCUCCAAGUAACACAUUUCAUCCUCAGGACUUCUCUGAUCUAAUUAGUUUCAUUUUGUAUGGAAGCUGUCACAGAAUUGGCAAAGAUCAUUGGCUGGAGAGACUGUUUCACAGCUGCCAGAGAUUGGACAAGUACGAUCAGUCAUCUAUUCCACGAAACCUAUUAAAGACGGAAGCUGUGUUAUGGCAAUGGGCUGUGUGGGAAGCAGCGCAAUUUACUGUGCUUUCAAAACUACGAACCCCAUUGGGCAGAGCACAAGAUACAUUCCAAACAAUUGAAGGUAUUAUUAGGAGUUUGGCUGCACAUACUUUGAAUCCUGACCAUGACAUAAGCCAGUGGACCAUGGCUGACAAUGAUGAUGGGCAUACUAGCAACCAGCUGAGACUUAUUCUUCUACUUCAGUUUUUGGAAAACCUUGAGAAGUUGAUGUACAAUGCAUAUGAAGGAUGUGCUAAUGCACUUAUGGCACCACCAAAGGUUAUUAGGACAUUUUUCUACACAAAUCGCCAGACGUGUCAUGACUGGUUAACACGGAUCCGAGUGGCUAUAAUGCGGGUUGGCUUGUUGGCUGGGCAGCCAGCUGUGACAGUCAGGCACGGGUUUGAUUUGCUGACAGAGAUGAAGAACAGCAGUGCAUCUCAGGGAAAUGAAAUGGAAGUAACAGUUAUGAUGAUUGUUGAAGCACUGUGUGAACUGAAUUGUCCUGAAGCUAUACAAGGAAUGGCUGUCUGGUCUUCUGCUGUCCUUGCAAAGAGCCUUUCAUGGAUAAGUUCUGUGGCACAGCAAGCCGAAGGAAGGUUUGAAAGGGCAUCAAAUGAAUACCAGGAGCAACUAUGUGCCAUGACUGGAGUAGACUGCUGUAUUAAAGGUCUUGAUAAAUCCCUUCUCAAAGUGUCCAUUGCCAGCACUGGUAGUAACCUUGCCAGCCCAAAACAUACAGGGAAUGCUGAAAGCAAGAAAACUGUCCUUACUAAACAAAGUGAUACUUCUCCUGAAGUUGUGAAUUAUUUGGCAAAUAAAGCUUGUGAAUGCUAUAUUUCAUUAUCUGACUGGCCAGCUGUGGAAGAAUGGCAGAAUGGUAUCCUGGCAUUGAAGAAAAGUACAAAUGGGUCAUCCAUCCACCUGAAAGCUGAUUUUAACUACAUCAGAGCCCUUGGAAGUUUUGAGUGUGGAGAUUUCCCUGCAUGUCAGGAACAGCUGGAACUGUUACCUGGGGAGGACAUUAACUUCAUCAAUGGAGCUGUGAAAGAAAAAUUAGACAUGAAAAAGCUACUUCCGAAUGUGAUGAGUCCUGACCCAAGGGAACUUCAGAAAGCCAUUGAGGUUCAACUAAUGAGGAGUGCUGUUUGUUUUUCUUCAACUAUCGAACAAACAGAGCAAGAAAAGAAACACCAGAACAGCACGGAAAAUACGGUCAGGUAUCUGAAGCAGAUGGCACGGGUUGCUGUUGGACCAUUGAGACUGUCCACCUUAUCAAUGGCGGGGUCUCUGCCAAUGCUGAGCACUCUACAGCUGUAUUGUUCAACUGCACUUGAGAAUACUGUGACAAACAAGCUGUCCACGGAGGAUUGUCUUCUACCACUGUACAGUGAAGCUCUACAAUCCUGUAGGCAGCAUGAUGUCCGCCCCUGGCUUCAAGCUUUACGAUACACAGUAUUCCAAGCUCGUAUAGCUGAAAAAUUGAAAGGAUCCAGUACUUCAAUUAAUGGGCAUCUUAUGGAACUUGGGCUCACAGCUGUUAAAUUUGCUCGGAAGCAGGGGAAUGUCCUUUUGGCCACCAAGCUCCUGGAGCAGUGUAGUAAGACUUCAUUAAGUGGUGCUAACACAACUCAAGAUCUAGUCCAUUUGUUCAAACAAAUGUCACUGCAUGGCACUGUUCAUGAAAAGUGGGGACCAGAGCUUGAUAUCGAGAAAUCAAAGCUGUUGUACACUGCAGGUCAUUCUACCCAUGCAAUGGAAAUGCUGAGUUCUUGUGCCAUAGCAUAUUGCAAAUCCUCUAAAGCAGAAUCAGCAGUAGCCAAGUCAAUACUCACUUUGACCAAGUGGAUUCAGGCAGAAUGGAAGGAAAUGUCUGUCCAGCUAAAGCAAGUUUUCAGAGCUCAGCAGCAGAAAUCUCUUACUGGCCUGCCUACUUUGGCAAAAAGCAUCCAUACUUUGACUGAACUGACCCCUCCUAGCUUAAUGGAGGAAGCAGCUUGUCCCAAAAUGGUGGUUGAAUCAACAGUGAAUAUUGGGGUUGGAGAACCUGACUUUAUUUUAGGGCAGCUGUAUCAUCUAUCAGCAGUUCAAGCGCCCGAAAUAGCCAAAUCCUGGGCAGCGUUGGCCAGUUGGGCUUACAGAUGGGGCAGGAAGGUGGUUGAUAAUGCAAGUCAGGGUGAAGGGGUUUCACUUCUGGCCAGAGAGAAGACCGAUGUUCAAAAUCUACUUCCAGAAAACACAUCUGAAGAAGACACAGAAACUAUUUAUGGAAUUUUGGGGCAAGCUUUGUGUCGACCAACAGGAAUUCAGGAUGAAGACUUGGCCUUGCAGAUAAAUGAUGAUGAAGAAGAUGACAUGGUGGAGGUUAUUUGGCGUCAGUUGAUGACUAAUUGCCCUUGGCUUGGUGACCAGGACGAGUGUGUCGUGGAAGGACUAAUUGAAGUGUGGAGAAAAGUUGUAGAUAGGAUAUUCAACCUUUAUAAACUCUCUUGCAAGGCAUACUUCACUUUCCUUAAACUGAAUGCAGGUCAGGUCCAUGUGGAUGAAGAUCCCAAGGUGAUGCUUAAUAAUACUCCCCCCAAGCAAAGUAAUGAUGAUGUCAUUGUGAUGGCUACUCUGAGGUUGCUAAGAUUAUUAGUAAAACAUGCUGGUGAGCUCAGAGAGGGCUUAGAGCAUGGUCUAGCUACCACUCCCACAGCUCCAUGGAGAGGUAUUAUUCCACAACUGUUCUCGCGCUUGAAUCACCCUGAGGUUUAUGUACGCCAGAGCAUAUGCAAUUUGCUGUGUCGUGUAGCUCAGGAUUCUCCUCAUCUUAUCCUGUAUCCUGCUAUUGUUGGCUCAAUAUCACUCAGUGGUGAAUCCCAGUCCUCUGGAGCCAAACUGUCAUCUGCAAUUCCUACCCUGCUGAGUAAUAUCCAGGCUGAAGCUCUAUCUGGAGGUGAGUGUGAAGAAAAUAGUCCUCCUGGAUCUCAAGACAGUAUCAAAGAUGAACAGAAAACUUGUUUUAAUGAAGAUCAAGCAAUGAUGCAGGACUGCUACAGCACAAUAGUAGAUAAACUGUCAUCAGCAAAUCCUACCAUGGUCCUACAGGUCCAGAUGCUGGUUGGAGAGUUACGGAGAAUUACUGUACUGUGGGAUGAGCUUUGGCUUGGUGUUCUUCAACAACAACACAUGCAUGUGCUACGACGCAUUCAGCAAUUGGAGGAUGAGGUGAAGAGGGUUCAAAACAACAAUACACUUCGCAAGGAAGAGAAAAUAGCCAUUAUGAGGGAAAAGCACACAGCUUUGAUGAAGCCAGUGGUAUUUGCUCUGGAACAUGUGUGCAGCAUUACUUCAGCUCAGGCAGAAACUCCUCAUGAAAAAUGGUUUCAGGACACCUACGGAGAACCAAUUAAUAAUGCUUUGGAAAAGCUGAAGACCCCAUCAAAUCCUGCUAAUCCUAGCAACAGUUGGUUGCCAUUUAAACAGAUAAUGCUGAACUUACAACAGAGGGCUCAGAAGCGUACCAGCUACCUGCUGUACCUGGAGGAGAUCAGCCCACGAAUGGCUGCAAUGUCCAAUACUGAAAUUGCUUUGCCAGGUGAAAUCUCAGCCAGGGAUGCAGUCAUAAUUCAGAGUGUUGGUAAUACCAUCACAAUCCUUCCCACCAAAACCAAACCAAAGAAAUUGAUGUUCUUGGGCUCUGAUGGAAAAAACUACCCAUAUCUGUUUAAAGGGCUGGAAGACUUGCAUCUGGAUGAACGAAUAAUGCAGUUUUUGUCAAUUGUAAAUACCAUGUUUAUAAAAAUCAAUCACCAGGAGACUCCUCGCUUCCAUGCCAGGCAUUACUCUGUAACACCACUUGGUACAAGGUCAGGGCUCAUUCAGUGGGUGGAUGGUGCCACUCCUCUGUUUGGACUGUACAAGCGUUGGCAACAAAGAGAAGCAACUUUACAAGCACAGAAGAACCAGGAUUCAUACCAGGCAACUCAAAACCCUGUACUGGUGCCCCGACCCAGUGAAUUGUAUUACAGCAAAAUUGGACCAGCUUUAAAAUCAGUGGGUCUUACUCUUGAUGUCUCACGACGUGAUUGGCCUUUGAGUGUAAUGAGUUCAGUCUUAGAAGAACUGAUGGAGUCCACACCUCCGAAUCUACUCGCCAAGGAGCUGUGGUGUUCAUGUACCACUCCAGAUGAAUGGUGGAGCGUUACACAGUCGUAUGCAAGAUCAACUGCAGUUAUGUCUAUGGUGGGCUAUAUAAUUGGACUUGGUGACAGACACUUGGAUAAUGUACUAAUUGACAUGACAACUGGAGAAGUGGUACACAUUGACUACAAUGUUUGCUUUGAAAAAGGCAAAAGCCUGAGAGUUCCUGAGAAGGUUCCAUUCAGAAUGACUCAAAAUAUUGAAACAGCGCUUGGUGUGACUGGAGUUGAAGGAUUGUUCAGACUUUCUUGCGAGCAGGUAGUCCAAAUAAUGCGCCGUGGUCGAGAGACCCUCUUGACCUUGCUGGAAGCUUUUGUAUACGAUCCGUUGGUGGAUUGGACUGCAGGUGGUGAAAUUGGAUUUGCUGGUGCUGUAUAUGGUGGAGGUGGUCAACAAGCAGAAAACAAACAAAGCAAGAGGGAGAUGGAGCGAGACAUUACCCGCAGCCUUUUCUCUUCCAGGGUUGCUGAAAUUAAGGUGACCUGGUUUAAGAACCGAGAUGAUAUGCUGGCAGUCAUUCCUAAACUUGAUACAAGUCUGGAGGAUUAUCUCAGUCUCCAGGAGCAGUUGACAAAGGUGGAGAAACUGCAGGGUAAAUUGCUAGAGGAAAUCGAAUUUCUGGAAGGUGCUGCUGAUGUUUCUGAUCACCCCGCUCUCACAUUGGAACAAAGGUAUUCAGAACAUACCCAGCUGCAAUCUCAACAACUGGCUGUACAGGAUGCUAUUCAAGUGAAGUUGAAUGACUUUGAACAGUGGAUUGCACAAUAUCAGGCUGCCUUUUCAAAUCUGGAAGCGACACAGCUUGCAAGUCUGCUUCAGGAUAUCAGCACUCCACUGGAGCUAGGUGCUCCAAGCUAUGUACCAGCCACAACCUUCCUGCAGAAUGCAGGCCAGGCCCACCUAAUCAGCCAGUGUGAACAGUUGGAAGGAGAGGUUGGCGCACUGCUACAACAACGCCGUACUAUCUUACGUGGCUGCCUGGAACAACUGCACAGCUACGCUGCUGUGGCUCUGCAGUAUCCAAAGGCUGUUUUCCAGAAACAUAGGAUGGAACAGUGGAAAACAUGGAUGGAAGAACUGAUUUGUGAUAUGACAGUGGAACACUGCCAGGAACUGUACAGAAAGUAUGAGAUACAGUAUGCCCCUCAGCAACCUCCAACAGUUUGCCAGUUCAUAACUGCUACCGAGAUGACACUCCAGCAUUUUGCUGCAGAUGUUAACAGUCGAUUAAUCAGACAGGUUGAACGUCUGAAGCAGGAAUCUGUCACCCUCCCGGUUUGUGAAGAACAAUUGAAGGAAAUUGAGCGCUGCAUAAAGGUUUUUCUUCUUGAAAAUGGCGAUGAGGGAUCCUUGAGUCUUGCUAGUGUCAUAAUCUCUGCCCUUUGCACAUUAACAAGACGCAACCUCAUGAUGGAAGGAGCUGCUUCGAGUGCAGGGGAGCAACUUGUUGAUCUGACUUCCAGAGAUGGUGCUUGGUUUUUAGAGGAGCUGUGUAGUAUGAGUGGUAAUGUGACCUGUCUUGUACAACUUCUUGAGCAAUGCCAGCUGGUUCCACAGGAUCUUGAUAUUCCAAACCCAGUAGAAGCAUCAGAAGCUGUGUAUUUGGCCAAUGGAGUGUACACUUCUCUGCAGGAACUAAACACCAACUUCAGACAGAUUAUCUUUCCAGAAGCUCUUAGAUGCAUGAUGAAAGGAGAAAAUACAUUGCAAAACAUGCUUAAUGAACUGGAUAAUAUUAUUGAACAGACAACUGAUGGUGUUUCUUUGCAAAUGCUGAUCGAUUCUCUGCAGGCUUAUUUGAGAAAUGCUGCAAUGGGAAUGGAGGAGGAAACCAAUGCCCAUUAUAUUGAUGUUACCAGGAUGCUGCGUGCCCAGUAUACUGAGUUGAUUCAGCCAAGAAGCGUGGAUGUUACAGUGGAACAGACACCUAAAAUGUCAGCUGGGCAAAUGUUACUUGUAGCUUUUGAUGGGAUGUUUGCUCAAGUGGAAAUUGCAUUUGGUUUAUUAAUUGAGAAGUUGAACAAGAUGGAGGUACCAUUGGCAUGGCGGAAGAUUGACAUUAUCAGAGAGGCCCGCAGUACCCAGGUCAAUUUCUUUGAUGAUGACAAUCACCGACUAGUGUUGGAAGAGAUCUUCUUCCUGAAACGGCUACAAACUAUAAAAGAAUUCUUCCGACUUUGUGGUACUUUUGCUCAUACAUUAUCAGGGGCUAUUCCUCUCGAUGAUCCCAGUUCAUUGAAUGGUCCUGUACCAAUGGUUAAUGUAAAAUCCAUGUACAGAAGUUCCUGCUUCAGUGAAGAUCAAAUGGCCAAGCCAAUAAAGGCUUUUACAGCAGACUUUGUCAGACAGCUUUUGAUCGGCCUGCCAACCCAAGCCCUUGGCUUAACUCUUUGCAGUUACAUCAGUGCUCUUGGUGUGGACAUUAUUGCACAGGUAGAAGCCAAAGACUUUGGUGCUGAAAGUAAGGUCUCUGUGGAUGACCUUUGUAAGAAAGCAGUGGAACACAAUAUUCAGGUUGGCAGAUUUUCGCAAUUAGUUAUGAACAGAGCCACUGUUCUGGCCAGCUCAUAUGACACUGCCUGGAAAAAGCAUGACCUGGUUCGCAGGUUAGAGACUAACAUUGCAUCAUGUAAGACCAGUUUUCAGAGGGUGCAGAUACAGAUUGCAAUGUUUCAGUGGCAGCAUGAAGAUAUUCUCAUCAAUAGAACCCAGCCUAUUUCCACUGUUACACCUCCACCUCGCUCAGGCAUUCUAUCCAAUAUGAAAAAGAAACUGCAUGCACUUAGUCAGCUGGAGGUUUCUGUUGCUACCGUACAGGAAAAGCUGGCAGCUUUAGAAGCUAGUAUUGAGCAGCGUUUGAAAUGGGCUGGAGGAGCGAAUCCUGCUUUGGCUCCUAUUCUACAAGAUUUUGAGGCCACUAUCACUGAAAGGAGGAAUAUGGUCAUGAAGGAAAGUCAACGAGCAAAUCAAGUAACUUUCCUCUGUAGCACAAUACUUCACUUUGAAAGUUUGCGAACCAGGACCCCAGAAGCCUUGAGUUUGGAUGCAGCGUUAUUUGACUUAAUUAAACGGUGCCAACAGAUGUGUUCAUUUGCAUCACAAUUUAGCAGUUCAGUCUCUGAUCUUGAACUCCGCCUGCUUAAGCGCUUGGCUACCAGUCUUGAACAUCCCAUAGGAAGUUCUGAAUGGCUUUCUUCUGCUCACAAACAACUGACUCAAGAUAUGUCAACUCAGAGAGCAGUGCAGUCCGAGAAGGAGCAACAGAUUGAAGCAGUUUGUGAAACAAUACAGACGCUGGUGGAUAAUAUUAAAACUGUUCUUACUGGCCAUAACAAACUUUUGGCAGAUGUUAAACACCUACUUAAAGCAAUGGCAAAGGAUGAAGAAGCAGCUCUAGGAGACAAUGAAGAUGUUCCCUAUGAGGACAGUGUGCGUCAGUUUUUAGCUGAAUACAAGUCUUGGCAGGAUAACAUCCAAACUGUGCUGUUCACAAUAGUGCAGGCUAUGGGACAGCUCAGAAGUCAGGAACAUGUCGAAAUGCUGCAGGAGAUUACACCAACUCUAAAGGAAAUGAAAUCUCAGAGCCUAAACGUCUACAAUGAUCUUGUCAGCUUUGCAUCUCCACUCGUCACAGAUAAAUCUAACGAAUGUUCAAGCCCAACUUCUGUCUCUGCCUUUCAGCCCAGUUUUGCAGCAGCAGUUCGCAGCAGUACAACUCAAAAGACACAACCAGAAGUGAUGUCACAGAAUGCACGGAAGAUGGCUCAGAGAAACCUAGCUGCUUCAGCAAAUACUCCACCAGGAACAUCCAUAGGGCUGGCAAAGAAUGUUGCUCCAAGUCCUAAGAAGGCAGCCAGAGAUCCCAAGACUGGGAAAGCCGUUCAGGAACGAAAUUCCUACGCUGUCAGUGUGUGGAAAAGAGUGAAGGCCAAGUUGGAAGGUAGAGAUGUGGAUCCCAACAGAAGAAUGACUGUUGCUGAACAGGUUGAUUACGUGAUUAAAGAGGCUACUAAUCUAGAUAACUUGGCACAGCUGUAUGAAGGUUGGACAGCAUGGGUAUGAACUGGAAUACAGUGGAUCUCUCUGGUUCAAUGAAGUCAGACAUCCACCAGAAUCAACUCAGCCACAGGCAUCUAUAGCCGUACCAUGGCCGGUGUUGAUGUAUUCUGGGGCUUAAUCUGAGGUAAUCUAGGAAUCCCCGUGCAUUCGGAGUGAUUAGUCAGAAGGCUGCACUCAGGGAUAUGCUUAUACGGUCUGCACCCCAAGGUCAAGGGCCAUAGCGCCCAGUCUGAAUUACAUGAUUGUCUUUCUGUCAUACAAGAACUGCAGAAGUAUCGAGGGGGUAGGUGCAGAAACGGUUGCUAUCCUACUGAGUACAGAGUGAUUUUGAAAACCUAAAUUCCAUCUGCCCUGUGAACAUUCAAGUCACAAAGUACUAAACCCUACUGAAAGGUAAUUGAGAAAACUGGGGUCCUGAGGAAAGAAAUCUCUUUGAUUCACGUGAUUCCAGUUGGAUAACGACUUCACUGGCUGACUUGCCCUUGAAGAUGGCCAUCCAGAAAGAAAACCAAGGCUGGGAGAAACUAUGGACUCCAGAAGCAGCCCAAAAACUAAGAUUGGAUAAUACUACACAAGACUUGUGUGAGGAAGGUGACACCACCCUGAUCUUUUUGUUCGCUUUCUCUUAUAGGUGUAUGCUAGUUCAGCAAAGUGCUUCUCCGAUGCCUGUAAUUCUGUUUACUGUGAUUGAAAUUCAGUAGUAGUCAUCACCCAUUUUAAUGUAAACAUUUUGCAAGGUGCACAAUCUGGAAGACUACAUGAAAGCAUUGACAAAUUCAUGGUAAACUAAAGGGUUAGGUGUUUCUAUGCAUACACUUUAAAGUGCUUUUUUUCCUUCCCGUUUUGUUACUUGGAAAUAAAAGGUCAUGGAUAUUUUUGUGUAUCUUUAUCAUGCAGGUUUUGCCAUUUGUAUGAAUAAAAAUGCUGAAUAAACCCUCAAAAAUGUAUUUGAAAGUGA